AUGUCGUCCUCAUCCUACGAUGUCGCCGCAAUCUUGGCGGCACUAGACAACUUCUCCACUCGAGCUGAGCGAGUCCCAAACAACAGAGCUGUGAGGGAUUAUCUGCUGAACAAAGGCAUCUCGGAUGCGAUUGCCAACCCGCUCUCAAAGAAUGAAUUCUGUUACUGGAGACAAGAGGAGCUGGAUGAAGUGUUCAACAGCCUGCGAGUAACUUCUUCCGAGGUUACGAGCGGGUUGCUCUCCUUCACCAUCCAGGGAGAUCCCAAUGAUCCUUCGCUCUUGAUCAAGCCCACAUUCGAAGAGAUAAAACAGUCAGCACGGGCGUUGGGUGCAUUGUGCGUGAACAGGAAUGGCGAGUUCUGCGUGAAUCCGGAUGCGGGAUAUGCAGCCCUAUCACACGUGUGGUCUCAAGGUAUGGGUGCUGACGACGAAAAUCGCGGACUCCACAAGAGUCUUUUGGAUCAAGUGUUUGCCCUCGUGGAGCCUCUGGGGAUCCGGUGGAUAUGGACCGACAGUCUCGCCAUUCCAGGGGGGAAGAGGGCUCUCAAUGUGGCAGAAGAGGAAGUGAAAGCAAUUCUGAUCAAUGCCAUGGCCGAUAUCUAUCGAAAUGCUAGAACGGUCAUCGUCUUUGAUGCCCUCUGCCUGAGAUUGGACUCUACCGAUCCGGAAAAGACGGCGGCAGUCCUCGCCUGUGGAACCUGGGCUACCAGGGUCUGGACCUACCAGGAGAUCAAGCUCGCUACAAAUGCCGUCAUCGCUACGAAAGCUGGGUUCGUCGGAUUCGCCGACAUGGUUGGUGAUCUUGAAAGCAAAGCAAGAUCCGAAGUCGGAGAGAACUACUUGGUGGAUGCUCCUGGAAAAUACCCUAGUCUUUGCAAGACGUUUCGACGCCUGCGGCUCUACGGGGACGAUGUCAUCUCACUGCCUGACAUCGCCAUAGGCUGUGGGUACCGCAAUGCCUGGGAUCCUCUGGACUACGCACGCGCCAUGUUUCCUACCUUGCAGCUGAAGUGGCGGCUCGGUGACGGCCUUGACGAUGCCAUGCAAAAGGUGUACACGGCGCAGAAGAGACACGCGACUCGGCUGGCACUCUUCCAUGGCCCGCCGAGGGCAUCGUGGCCUGGCUGGGCGCCGGCAACUUUUCCGGGCUUGGUUGACUGCAAGAUCAAUACUGCAGGGGUGUGGAAGAAGCGAGGCAUGUCCAGGAAGUGGCUGACGAGCAAGGUGAGGCGCAUUGUCCCGAGCAAGCCAGGGUGUCUCGUGUUGGAGCUGGAGAACGGCCAAGAUCCGGGAGCCUACACGGUGGGAUUCAUCAGUGAAGAGACGCAGAAGAAGAGCCCUGAAAGCGUCCGGGAAUUCGAGAAGGCAGUGUCUAACGGAUCGGCGUACCUGCUCUCAGACGAGCCUCUCAUCCCAAAGAAGACCUUUUCGAGAGUCGGUCUGCUUGUCGAAAGGUUUCCCAAAUCGCCAGACUUUGAGGCGUGGGUGUGCCUCACGCUGGCUGUCGGGGAAACAGAAGAGACUUACCUCGCCGAAGAGUUUGAAUGGCUUCUUCUGCACGAGAACCCGGUCUCUGAGCGUACAAUGAGCGGCAAGGGGGCUUCUGAGCUGAAUUACCAGCUGGAAUGCAGUAGUCGUUGGGCCAGUCCAGGCCACCAGGGUCGUCUGCCACUGCACCAGGCAGCAGAGAGUGACGAUGUUGCCGAGCUCAUCUCGGCCCUGACCGCCUCCAACGUCAACGACACUGAUGAGAGGAAUUGGAUGCCUCUCCACUGCGCUGCUAGCGCUGGCAGCACCAGAGCCGUUCGUGUUCUCAAGGACCACGGCGCAGUUCUGAAUGCAGCCACCAUCGAUGGACAGACCCCGCUCAUCCUGGCCGUGGAAUAUGGCCAUCAGGACACCGUCUUCGAGCUCAUCGAAGCUGGCGUUGACAUCAACGAUUGCACAUACAGUUUAGCGUCCCCGCUGACUGCCGCAAUUCGACGAGGCGACGCCGAGAUGACCCGGCUUGUCCUCGCCUUGGGUGCUGAUCCCUCUCAGCCCGAUGGCCUUGGUUUCUUGCCUCUUAUCUCUGCUGUCACCGCUUCCGAGCUUAAUGAGGAUGAGGAAGAGUCUACCGAGUUGCUCGACGCGCUUCUUGAAGCCGGGGCCGAGGUUGAUGGUACAUCUACUGGCAUGGACUUGACCGCACUCGCAGUGGCAUCCCGGCAGGGUAGUGUCAGGGCCAUGAGCAAGCUGUUGGACGCCGGUGCUAAUCCCAAUGCUGGCGGCCACAGCUGUCCGCCGAUCUAUUUUGCUCUUACCUCGCGCAGUUUCGAGGCGGUCCAGAUGCUCGUCGAGGCUGGUGCCACGGUGGACGGCGACCGCGUGAGAUUCGGGAAGGAGGAAUUGACACCAAUGAUGUGCGCAGCGGAGGCGGGAGAUAUCAACAUCGGGCGGCUUCUGCUGAAGAAGGGCGCAGUGCUUGACGCCACAAGCAGCGGGUUAGAGAACUGGACAGCGCUGCAUAUCGCGGUGCAUCACAAGAACGACUUGUUUGCAAAGUGGCUGACGGAGGAGGCCGGCGCGCGGACAGAUAUUCGGGAUCAGAAGGGAAGGUUGGCGUUCGAUAUUAGGAACUCGACAGCUUAA